CAAAAAGUACAAAAGUAACAAAAUCCACUCCUAUCGAUUAUACUAUAAAACAGAAGUGCAGAGAAAAUUUCAGUCAUGAUAUUUUUUGACCAGCUCGAUUCAGAAAUUUGGAAAGACUAGCUUUUUUUUCUCUCGGGUUUCACUUUUUAAAGGUCGUGAAAAUUUGGGAAUCACUGAUCAAUUUUGUUAAUAUGAUUUCCUGAUUUAGGGUUUCUCUGCAUGCCUCUAGAAUCAGCAAGUGUAAAGCAAUUACCAUGGUGACUCCGAAGCAGAUCGAUUUCUCUUCCUGUGGUGGUGGUGAUAACUCCGACGAUACCCUCUCCCAUCGAGAAUCUCCACGGAAUCCUUCCUCAAAGCGUGCUGCUGCUUCCUUCGCAGCAGAAGCAGGCGAAGAGACUAUGAAGAAGAAAAAGAAGAAGAAGAAGAAGAAUUUGGGUCCGCCGUUGAUCGUCCGGAUCUGGAACGAGGAAGAUGAGCUCUCUAUCUUAAAGGGAUUAGUUGAUUACAGAGCUAAGACAGGAUUCAAUCCCAAAAUUGAUUGGGAUGCGUUUUACAGUUUCCUCGGAAGUUCUAUCGUUGCGAAAUUCUCCAAGGAGCAGGUUUUGAGUAAGAUCAGGAAGUUGAAAAGGAGAUUUCAUGUUCAUUGGGAGAAAAUCAGUGAAGGGAAUGAUCCGAAAUUUACUAGGUCUAGUGAUUCUGAAGCCUUUGGAUUUUCUUCGAUGAUUUGGGGACAAGGUGAAUUUGGUAAUGAUGAUGGUAUGGAUAAGGAGAUGGUGAAGGAGCACGAUGUAAACGGAAAUGGCGCAGCUGAAAAUGGGACUGCUCGAAUAGCACAGGAGAACGAGAGUGGGGAGGAGAUGUUAAAGGAGCAUGAGGAAACGUUAAAUGAGAAUGGUGCAGAGGAGAUAAGAGACAACGACGAGACUGCUCGGAAAGCACAGCAGCUCGAGAGCGAGAGCGAGGAGGAGAUGUUGAAGGAGCAUGAGGAACCCUUUAAUGAGAAUGGUGCAGAGAAUAUAAGAGACAAUAACGGGACUACUCAAAUAGCACAGCAGAGCGAGAGCGAGAGUGAGGAGAUGUUGAAGGAGCAUGAGGAAGUGGCUAAUACUGAACUUGUAAAUGAGAAUGGGGCAGCGAAAACAACAGAGAACGGGACUACUGGUGGAAAAGAGAGACAUGAUGACGAUGAUGAUGAUGAGUUAUGCGCUGUGCAGGAUGCAUUUGAGGCUGUAAUGUCGCAAGGUUUAAGUGGUUAUCAAAAGAAGUUGCAGCUUGAGAAGCUGAUGAACCUUGGAACUGGAAAAAGAAGAGAGUUGAGUGAUGAAUGGAAAGCGUUAUGUGUUGAGGAAAGAAGAUUGAAUAUCAAGAAGCUUAGAUUUUCCGCCAAGCUUGCAGAGGCAGCUAAUGAUAGUUAGAUGAAACCAAUAAGCCGUUGUAGCAUUUGGUGUUAAUUAGGUUCUUAGUAAGCCAUAAGCUUUAGUCUGUUCAGUGUAUAUCUUUGGAUGUUGUCUUUGUUCUGUUUGGGCAAGUGUUUGUAAGACAUUCCAGUUUUAACUGAAGUAUCCAGAAGAGCCAUCCAUGUCCAUUGUUGGAUAUAAUAAAUUUCAUUACUUUCUUGUUGCACC